GAACUGUUCUUCAGUGCAUGAGCUUAGCAAGGCUUAUUAUGAUGUUUACAUCAUCAUCCUCUUCGUUCAUUAUGAAUUCAGGAUCCUCAAGUGAAAAAUUCUACAAUUAAAAAAUUCAGAAGUUUUGAGAAGUAAUAGGUGAAAUUGGAGCUUUGCCAGGAAAGUAUUGGGGUCAAUAACCUUAGAUCCUUGUUUUUGACUUCAUGGAUUUUCGAGUUUGAUUAAGGUUGAGAGACCGAAGUUAGAUACAAACUGAAAUGGCAUUGGUGAAUACAAGUGUCUGAGGGUUCAAUGUGUAUCAACAAGGUGAAGAAAACUUCUUCUUGGAGCUGUUUGCAGAAUGUAAUACUUCAAUAUGUAUCAACAAGGUGAAGAAAGCUUCUUCUUGAAGUUGUUUGCAGCAUGUAACAGCCUUUCCAUGUCAACAUAAAGUUAUGAACCGGACCAAGGGUUUGAAUAAUCAAGGGACAACAUCAUAUGCUCCUCAUGUCAAACAAGUUGAAGCUCAUAUGGGCCUACAUGAACAAAAAUCACAAGACAAAGGACAAUUCUGAUUCAUGGUUUUAGGUUGUAAAUAGAAGUGCUUUAAUUGUAUUGCUGUACUCACUUGGACAAGAAGCUGAUAUGUAGUUGCUAAAUGUAUCCGCCAUUGCUACACUGGACUGCUAAGUUGUUGUAUGUCGUUGUCGUUGUCGUUGAUGAAGGAAAGAAGUCUCCCCUACAUGGAUGAUCACCAGGCAAGGAAAAAAAUUGAUGCGUGUCAAAGGAAUUGGAAGAAGAGUAAGCAAUGUCAUGGCCUAAAAAAGGAUGGUGAGAGCAACAUGACAACCAGGGCCGCUAUGAUUUCAAGUGUGCAGAUUCUGAGCCUUGCCGUGAGCCAGCAAUCGUGUAGACAUCCUUGGCCUUUGUUCAUGCAGCGAAGAAAGCAAAACACUGGUGACUUCUUCUUCAGCAGCAAAAUCCCACAGAAAGGUACUCCAAACCUAUAAAAAAGGCCGACUGGUGGAAGGUGACGAAGAAGACUUAAGACCAAGCUGAGAGGAAGCUGCAUGGGAAGAUCUCUCCAUGGCUGACGCAGGGAUGUGCAAUGCAAGCGUGUGACACCGGUUUCCUUGAUAACAUCAGGUCAAAGCUUUGUCGAUGAAUUGAAUAGUGGAAGAGAUUACUCAUGUCACCUGAAGUCAUACACCACCAAACCAGGGAGGCGAAACAUGCGGCGGUCGCCGGUUUCGUUGCUGCUCGGCGUGUGGUGCGCGAGAAACCUGAAAGGGAAAUGGGUCGUGAGAAUGUCUGAUAUCGCUGUUCAUCGUAUUGCUGCAGCAGAUUGAUUUGAAAGGAACCCGAGCGUGUCGGAGUGCACACCUUUCUGUCAAGAUCAUAAAACAGCUUCAGAAUGCUUCCGUUAUCACAGAGAUGGAUUGGAGUGACCAGAAAUCUUACAGAGGAUUGAGUGGCUCCAAUUUCCUGAUACGCUGCUGCAGCACCACCAUACUUGUUCUUGAGGUGAUCAUCCCCGCUGUCACCAACUGUGUGUUGGUGACGACUGGAGCUUGCAGGAAACGCUAUUUUAAUGUAAAUGAAUCGAUGAGAGGAACAGAGAGGUGGAAGAAUGCACUACUAAUGAACUCGUUCCUCGAUCGCUUGUGGACAUAUCUCUACAGCUAGCGUUCUUCUCAGACUCCAUUAUUCAAUUCAUCGAGCAUCACAUCCUUUCACAGAUUUCGAAAUAGGAAUGCUUGUUUAUGAACAUCUCUCUCUCUCUCUCUCUCUCUCUCUCUCCAACAUCAUAGUCCCAACAGAUCUCCUACAGUGUAAUCCACAAUUCAUCUCUGUGCCACAGCAAGUGGCCCUUUUUUUAUCUGGCACAAAAUCUCUAUAAAUAGCUUGGUUACCAUCAUUCAUGCAUCACCCCACUGCUCUCUCUCUCUAUCUCUCUCUCUCUCUCUCUCUGUUCGAAAUCCCUGUUGGGCAGAAUCUCUGUCUUGUUCUGUACGUACAUCUUCUCUUCAUUGUAUACCACAAUGAAUCAGAAGCUGCUCUCUAGAAAGGCAGCAUGCAACGUUCAUGGGCAGGACUCCUCGUACUUCCUAGGGUGGCAGGAGUACGAGAAGAACCCCUAUGAUCCAAUCACGAACCCCGGAGGGAUGAUUCAGAUGGGUCUUGCCGAGAACCAGCUCUGCUUUGAUCUUAUCGAGUCGUGGCUGCACACCCACCCUGACGCCGCCGGAUUCAAGAAAGACGGCGCAUUAAUAUUCCGGGAGCUUGCUCUGUUCCAGGACUACCAUGGCUUACCUGCUUUCAAGAGCGCAUUGGCAAAAUUCAUGGGAGAAGUACGAGGAAACAGAGUAACUUUCGAGCCCUGCAAGCUCGUCCUGACUGCUGGUGCCACUUCUGCCAACGAGACACUCAUGUUCUGCCUUGCCGAGCCCGGAGAAGCUUUCCUUCUGCCCACUCCAUACUAUCCAGGAUUCGACAGGGACCUCAAAUGGCGAACCGGAGCUGAGAUCGUUCCCAUCCACUGCUCCAGCUCCAAUGGCUUCCGAGUCACCAAAGUGGCCCUCGAAGCAGCGCACCGACACGCGCAGAAGCGUGGCCUCAGGGUGAAGGGAGUCCUCGUGACCAACCCCUCCAACCCAUUGGGCACAACCAUGACCCGGCAAGAACUGGACACCCUCAUCGACUUUGUCGUUGCCAAAGACAUCCAUCUCAUCAGCGACGAGAUCUACUCGGGCACCAGCUUCGACUCGCCGGAAUUCGUCAGCAUCGCCGAGGCCAUCAAGGACAGGGACGACGUCGCCCACCGCGUCCACAUCGUGUGUAGCCUCUCCAAGGGUCUCGGUCUCCCGGGAUUCCGCGUCGGUGCAAUCUACUCAGGCAACGACGCGGUGGUGUCUGCCGCUACGAAGAUGUCCAGCUUCGGUCUGAUAUCUUCUCAGACUCAGUACCUCCUCGCAGCGUUGCUCUCCGACGAUGAGUUCACCAAGAAGUACAUUCUCGAGAACCGGAGGAGGAUUAAAGAACGGCACGCCCUGCUCGUGCAAGGGCUUCGUAGGAUCGGGAUCAGAUGCUUAGAGAGCAACGCGGGUCUGUUCUGCUGGGUGGACAUGAGACACCUGCUCAAGUCCGACACCUUCAAAGGAGAGAUGGAGCUGUGGAGGAAGAUAGUGUAUCAAGUGGGACUAAACAUCUCGCCGGGCUCUUCGUGCCACUGCGACGAACCGGGGUGGUUCCGCGUCUGCUUCGCCAACAUGUCGGAGGACACACUCAACCUCUCCAUGCAGCGGCUCAAGAACUUCGUGGACUCCGGCGAGCAUCGCAGCACCCACGAUUCUGGCCAUCGGAGUCCGAGAAGGCAAUUCUUGCCGAAAUGGGUCCUCCGCCUGUCAUCUUUGCCGGCUGCUGUGACUGCAUGACUAUUCCUACAAUUCUUAUAGUUUGUAUAUCCCAAGAAGAAGUAGAUAACGAAGAAGUAGAAGAAGAAGAAGACAUUAUUUAAUUUGUGAGGGUGUUUUUUCCCUGGAUCACCACAAUCUGCUUGGAUUUUUGGUGGCCAUGGUCUCAUCAUCUAUAAGAUGGUUUGUAUGUUUAGCUCCUCACUUCCUCAAGUCUGUAUUCGGAGGACAGAAUGGACUAAAGCAACAUCAUUUGUGCAAG